GACCCCGGGCCCCCGGCUGGAACCGGGCCCUGAGCCCGGGGCCGCCGAGUUUGGGCUCCCGGGACGGCUCCCAUCCCAGCUGUCGCCCCAGUUCACCAGAGAGUCGGAUCCGAAUAAACUCGGAGGCAGAGAGGGGCAGCCCUUGCUCCAGUUCCCCUUUCGUCUCUGGCCCUUUCCUUUCUCCUCCGGGUCCGGAUGUCAGUAAGGACAGGUCUGAUGGGCACGUCUGAUUUCUGGUGUGUAUUUAAGGUAGUCGAUGUAGUCGAUGUACCUGGUCCAAAAACAGGUCCAGCCAGCAAUAAAGGGACAUAGUGGACACUGCUGACCCUGCCUCCUGGGUCUCCUGCAUCGACCACCUGUGUGGGGUCCAUCCUGGAAGGCUUUAUGCAUGGUACACCCCUUCUCUAUGCUGCUGUUUCUGUUCUUAAUUUAUAAAUCUUCACAGACUGUAUGUACUGUUGUUAACUUUUUACCCAACACGUGCCUUUGGUAAUCUAAUAUUAAAAGAUUCUUUCUCUACAGUUAAAUUUUGGUAACCAGGAGGAUAUGCCAUUAGAGGGGAUAAGGUCAAAUUUAGAUCAUGAUUGUGGCACUAAUCACAAAAUCAUUCUUCCGGGGUUUACGUGGGAUGAGAAGUUAGGUGAUGUAACGAUGUGACAAAUCCGUGAGGGUGAGGGCCACCUCCCAGGAAGGGUCGGUCUCAGUGAGCACUGGUUGGGGUAGCAGCCACGUCUGGAUUAAUUACAGCUGGAGAGGUAGUGACUUCAACUCAUUCAGCAGCAUUUCCUGAAUGUCCACUGGGUGCCUGGCACUGUGCUGGGUGACUUUUCCACCUGCUGCAGAUGUUGAGAGGACAUCCCCGCAUGUCGGGAGCCAGAUGUCCACCUCCUGUCUUUUGUACUGCCCUGGCUGUGGCAGCAAAGCGGAAGGCCCUUCCUGGUUUCGCAAUGUGGGCCGUGUUUUCCAGCCUCAGUUUUGUCAUCUGUGAAGUGUAAUGCUUACCUUACAGGGUUGCUAGGAGGAGCAGGUGAAACGAUGGUUGACAAUAUCCGCAACACAUGGUAGGCGUUCCUGCCCCAUCCUCAGCAGGCGCACGUCCUCCUGGUCCAGCACGGCAUCUGACACAGUAUUGUCACUUCAGAUGUUGCUGUGUGUAGGGCGGCUGUAACAGGCAACCCUUUAUUCACGUAAGCCUCACGACAACCUACAAGACAGGUUAACAUUAUCCUUAGUUUAUUCACGAGGAGGCUGAGGAACAGAGAGGGUAAGUAACUUGCCCCGAACGACAGUGAAUUAUGGAGCAGGGAUUUGAAGUCAGGCGCCCUGGUGGCGCAACAGCUAAGUGUUCGGCUGUGAACCGAAAGGUCUGUGGUUCAAACCCAUCAGUGGCUCCAGGAGAGAAAGAUCUGACAAUCUGCUCCUGUAAAGAUUACAGCCUAGGGAACUCAGUGGCGCAGUUCUACCCUGUCACACAGGAUCACUGUAAGUCAAAAUUGACUUGACGGCACCCAGCGACGGUCUGGCUCUGAGUCCCCCUCUCUGGCAUGGUUCUGUUUCACAGUCUCCCCUGCACAUUUCAGCCAUGGUGCUGUGCUGCGAGGCAUCAGAACCUUGUUUCUUACAGCAUCUGUAAUAGGUUUUUAUUUUUGGUGAGCCUCAGUGUUUAUAAAGCCAUGUUGUUUCUUCCAAAAUAUAGUCAUUUUCUGUCUGGCCACCCAGGAAUUUGCCAGAACACCCCACCUGCCUCCAAGUCCCUCUGUUAGCAGUGAAGACGCUGGUGCUGAUUGUGUGAGAUGGCAUCGGGAGCGCGGAGGUGUUGGCCGAUGUGUCGGUGUUAAAGCACACGGCUUUAGUUUUCAAUUCAAUACUGAGUGUAUUUAAUGCAGUUAGCUUUACAGUGCACAUUUAGGACGUUUUUCUUUUCUCCCUCAAGGAUGUUUGAAGGGAUCAGACUCUAUUUUGUUGAAUAUUUGAUGAGAAUGUUAUUUUAAUGUUUAAAAAGUGCCACUUGACUUUCAUCCUAGGGUCUCUAACCCUCGUCCUCCAGGAAAUGCUCGCCAGUGCGGCUCGAAUACCGAUUUGAAACUUCUUUGACUUUAACACAUUAUUACAUUCAGCUAAUUACAAAAAUGACAUUUGUUUUGGUGAGAAAAAAUCUGAAAAGUUUCAUGUACUCUUAUAUUCUCUAUAAACAGGGGGUUUAGUCUCUUGAAAAUGGUUUCCUCAGCAUUUCUGUGAAAAACUAAGACCUUGUCUUUUCAGAGGAGUCUGACUGUGGCAGUGAUAAGGCAUUCAAGGCUGAAGGCUUUUAAUGAAAACAGUGACGUUGGUCCUCGAGAUCUCCAGUGCCUUUUGGAUUUUUACCAAGAACAGGUGCCAAGGAUAAGACUCCCUGUGCUCCAGAUGUAGCUCAGACGCCAUGAUUCCGUAGGGGAGCACACAGGGCAGCAGAAGGAGUGGCUGCUGAAGGAUGAACAGUGAGGAGGAGUUCUUUGAUGCCGUCACAGGCUUUGAUUCUGAUCAUUCUGGGGAAUUUUCAGAGGCAAAUCAGAAGGUCACUGGAGGACUUGGCUCAGACACCAGCAAAAGUCAGGGGAUCGGGAAAACUGGGGCAAGACCCCCGCAGGAGAAUGGAGUUCAAACACACAGGACCUCGCUGCCCGCCCCCAUGUUCACCAGAAGUGAUUUCAGUGUGUGGAGCAUAUUAAAAAAAUGCAUUGGGUUGGAGCUGUCCAAGAUCACUAUGCCCAUCGCCUUCAACGAGCCGCUGAGCUUCCUGCAGCGGAUCACGGAGUACAUGGAGCAUGUGUACCUCAUCCACAAGGCUUCGCGCCAGGCCCAGCCGCUGGAGCGCAUGCAGUCUGUGGCUGCCUUUGCAGUAUCGGCUGUGGCCUCGCAGUGGGAGAGGACCGGCAAACCGUUCAACCCGCUCUUGGGAGAGACGUAUGAGUUAAUCAGGGAAGACCUGGGAUUCAGGUUCAUAUCUGAGCAGGUCAGCCACCACCCUCCCAUCAGCGCAUUUUACUCUGAGGGGCUCAACCAGGACUUCAUCUUCCACGGCUCCAUCUACCCGAAGCUGAAGUUCUGGGGGAAGAGUGUGGAGGCAGAGCCCCGCGGGACCAUCACGCUGGAGCUGCUGCAGCAGAAUGAAGCCUACACCUGGACCAAUCCCACCUGCUGUGUGCACAACGUGAUUAUUGGCAAGCUGUGGAUCGAGCAGUAUGGGACAGUGGAGAUCUUAAAUCACAGGACCGGAGAUAAGUGUGUGCUUCACUUCAAGUCGUGUGGGCUGUUUGGGAAGGAGCUGCACAAGGUCGAAGGGCACAUCCAGGACAAGAACAAAAAGAAGCUCUUUAUGAUCUAUGGGAAAUGGACGGAGUGUUUGUGGGGCAUAGAUCCUGUUUCAUAUGAGUCCUUCAAGAAGCAGGAGAGAAGAGGCGAUCACCUCAAAAAGACAAAGCCGGACACCACCUCUGAGAAGGCCGACAGCGAUGUGGCUGACAACGUGCCAGAGACGCAGGAGACAGUGCAGGUGAUCCCAGGCAGCAGGCUGCUCUGGAGGAUCAACACGCGGCCACCCAACUCGGCCCAGAUGUACAACUUCACCAGCUUCACUGUGAGCCUCAAUGAGCUACAGGCAGGCAUGAAGGAGAUCCUGCCCCCCACGGACUGCCGCCUGCGCCCCGACAUCCGUGGCAUGGAGAACGGCCACAUGGAUCUGGCGAGCCGAGAGAAGGAGCGCCUAGAAGAGAAGCAGAGGGAAGCCCGGAGGGGGCGGGCCAGAGAGGAGACUGCGUGGCGGACGAGGUGGUUUUACCAAGGCAACAACCCGUACACGGGGACUCCUGACUGGCUCUACGCUGGGGGCUACUUCGAGCGGAACUUCUCGGACUGCCCAGACAUCUACUGAGGGAUCGAGGGCCCUGGGGCCUGAGAGGCUGGACGCCCCUCAUGCUGGCCACUCCGGCGCUUCGGUCACAGUCGAAACCAGCUUUUCUAAUGCCCGAGUUCACGGAGAUUGCGUCAUCCCUGAUCAAGGAUUCCAUUCUAAUUAACUUUUGAUUGCCAAAAAUUUUCCUACUGUUGCAGUCUCUUCAUAAAGCUUCACUUGAGAGCAUCAUGUUUCGUUACGGUUUAAACAGGAAAAUCCUUUCAGUCCCCUUGUAUGUGACAGAUCGGCUGUGGCUUUUUUAGCUCGUGGCACCUCUUCAUUACGGAAUCUGUCACUAAACGAAGUAGAGGAAGGGGCCCACAUCCCUCCCUAGAGUGCAGUGGCAAAGCAUCCCUGAACGUGCUUACACUCGACCAGCCAGGGAAAGGUGUAUCUCGGAAGCCAUCCCGCAAGGAGCUUAUAAAGGCCAGCGGCUUCUUUAAAAUUAUGUAAUUCAGAAGUGAGAAUUAGCAAGCACCUGACUGAAUGAAAUGGGAAGUUGUCAGAUUCUGUAUUUUUUAUCAGUCUUCAAUAAUGUAAAGAGUACUGUUAAAAUAUUUAAGUUAAACGACUAGUACUUGAAUAGUAUUUUGCUGAAGAGCAAGAUCUACAUCAGUCAGCAGCUGUUCCCUGUCCAAAGUAAAGCGUCACCACCACAGCCCAGAAUUGCCAGGAACCCGAGCGUCGGGAAGAAAACACCAAGACCACACCCAGCUGCUCAGCGUCAGCCCAGCCUCCCGCCACAUCUGCUCCCGCCCGGCCUCCUGUCCGCUCCUGCCCAGCCGAAGGCUUAGUUCCCUGUGGACAAACCCUGCGCCUCCGGAGGAGUCAUUUGCCAGCACCUUGCGUGUAGCCAUAGCACUUGUGUUUCUGUGGUCCCCAGUAUGCAUGUCUGGAGCAUAAGACACGCACAUCUGGUUGUAUACCCAGGGAGACACGAAGGCAGAGUCUACUUAGGAUGGCAAAUUAAAGUUAUUUAACGAAAAACAGGCGUGUUCACCUCAGCCUUCAUCUUUAUCAAGCGACUUAUUUCCUUUAUGUAGAAAGUCAGCACCGUGUCGUGGUAGAGCUCUUUGCAUCAAAGACAAUCUGUUGUGCUUGCAUGCACACACACGCACACAGGCACACAGCACGUGUGCACACCCACACGCAUGCACAUGCACACACAUACACGCAUGCACAGUUGUGUGGUGUGUGGGCUCCUGAGUCGGGCGUCUCCGGAUGAGAGGGUGUCAUUACUGUGUGUCUAGGUUAACGGUGGCAUUUGUAAUUAAACACUUUUUAAAAUCAA